UAUAUGAAUUUUUGCGUCGAAUAGAUGCACAGCAUAACAAAGGAUAGUAGGAUGAGAUCGUGGGAGUAUUUCAGAGAGCACACCAUUUCAUAUUUUCGUUUAAUUGAAGCUGUUGUUUCCUAGUUAGCUUUGCCUUGUCGUUAGCAUGACUCAGUGUUUUUGAAGGGGGACGCUUGCGGCCUCCACAUUUUAAAGCCAGUAAGGUUACUAUUUCCCAUGAUUUCGAUUAGGCUUGUUGCCUUAGUAAUGUAAAUAAACGAGCCAUUUAUUCGGCCACUGUAUAUUGUGUUGUGCCUUUUACCUCGCUUGUUAUUUUAGCCGAAACUUUUUGCUGCGGUCGACACCGAAUGAUUUCGUUGCAUUGGCUCACUCGGAGUACACGGGAAUCCGCUAGCCUAGCCGAGCUAAACUAGCGAACAUAACAUGUUGAGACAAGGAUAGCAAUUCCUGGGAAUCCAGAAGUACAUUGGGGUGUGAAUCGGUGGUCUUGUCUUUCUGGUUGGGUUUAUUAGCUAGAUUAAUUCUAUUUACUAUGAUUCAGAGUAACUGCUACCCAAACACUCUCCAUAAAAACAAUAAUAUACUUAGUCUAGCUAGUAGCUAGCUAGUUAUUGGGUGGCUAGCUGGCAAACAGGUGCGUAUCAUUCAGCCUGUUGGCUCAAUUCAUUAUAGGUGAAUAGAUUUAAGAUUUUUUCCUCAUUUUGAUUAUAAUUUAUUUUUGAAGACAGGCAAUGAUAUUUCAGUCAGGUUUUUGAAGUCUCAUCUGUGUGUAGCGAACAUCAACUAGCAAGGACAUGUCCAGGCUAGCUCGCUUAGCUAACGUGACUAAGAUAUGUCGAGCUGUUUGUCAAGAUGUUGAGUGUUAUGGUCGUUAUUUAAUAGCUUGACCAACCUUUUAUUCGCAUACAUUUCGAAGAAACAGCACUGUGUGUAUAUACUCUUUUAAAGCUUUGUACCAGCUAGCGCUCGUAACGUUAGCAUCGUCAGAUAUCUAGCCUGUGAUCAUAUUCCAUAGUUCUUUGUUCUCCGGUUUCAUUGCCCUUUCAGCAUGGGAACGUGAAUUGGUUAACACUAACUGCCUUUGUGCUUGAUAUUUCAAACUAACCACUAUGCCAAACCAGUCUGUGUAUUUAUGAUUUAUCUGCUAUGUGUUAGUGACCGAAUGUUAGCUACUGUCUAAAGCUGGAGAGACCAUCGAUUGCAUCAUGUUGCCUAUACGACUAUCGAGCACAAAACAUUGACACCUUGUCGAUUUGCUUGCUUGACAAGUGAGGGGGUAUUAAAUUACGUCGAUUCUGAAAUGCGCUUGAUUAAUUUUGAACAACUAUCUUGGUACAUUAGCCAUUUUGCUAUGCGUGGCGGGGGUGGACUAACCAUCUGUAUGUGAGAGCUAUAACAGGCUCAGGGCGAUAUAAAUAGCUCCUGAUUGCAGACCCGCUGUGUUGUUGAUGGGGUUUUUCUUCGUAUACGAGCUUCCCAGAUCAGCGUGUCACAUUGCGCCCUUGUGACAGGCGGAAACUAAUGCCCCCCCGCACCCCAGCACCGCCACCUCAUGUGACGGUGAGCCGGGUAGAAAUAUUGCAGUCAGCAGGCAUACACGUGAUGGUACGAGACUGCCAACUUGGCUUUUCAGGGACGAAAAAAUACUUUGCGUACCUUAUUUGUGCUCGUCGGCGGACUUGUUUUGGACUCGGUGUGCCAGUGCUGUUGUGUAUUUAUUUUCUGCAUUAUGGGAACAUCGUGAACGUUUGUGAACGGAACUUCAUGUACAGGUGGUUGCACAACCAGACUCGGUUUUCGUGUACAUAUUUUAUGAUGUAUGAUGCAAGACCAAGUGUAUAUUGAGUUUUGUUAUUAAGUUGCAAAUACUAUUCCAUGACGUGACUUGAAAUAAACGUAGGUACUCAAAUAGUGUUCAUCUGCAAGUUGCUAUUUUUCAUUGCCGGGUGGAUUUAUUCUGAUCAUCUGUUUUCUAACACUACGCUAUAGGGACUAUUUUCUAUGUCUAACUGAAACUGAAAUGGACCAUUGAAGUGUAACAAAAAGGCCUUUGCCUUCAAGACUUCCAAGGUCAGCAGGAGAGACGGGACACACUGGAAGUUCCUCCGCUACAAUGUAAUGGACUAUACUAGCUACAGUAUAACGCCAGUCGCCCUACAAUAAUAGAAUUACUGAAUGUCAAGGACACACAGAACUUGUGAAAUUUCAAGAAAUUGUUCACGAUUGGCAUAGUUGUAGACCAAAUGCGCUGACGACUUGUGUUGAGCUGGGAGUUAACCAGAACCAGCUUGAUUGCGACCGAGUCGGAGUGUUCCGACGUCAGUAAAACCUAAACCGAAACAUUUAGCCUGCUACUGAGGAGGACAUUGCGCAUGCGCGGGAGCAAGCACGUUUCUAGCCUCCCUUUUAUGGAAACGCUUCUUUCGCGUCCUGAGCCACACUCAAUCUCCCACGUGCUGCGUGCUUCCCCGAAGUGAAACUGUGAACCGCACAUGUACGCCGUGUCGUUUGGUUCUGCUAAUUCUCAUAGGAAGUGUCCCGUGUGUAGCCAUGGCCCAAGAGACGAACCAGAGCCCGGUGCCCAUGCUGUGUGCCACUGGCUGCGGUUUCUACGGCAACCCCAGGACGAAUGGCAUGUGCUCGGUCUGCUACAAGGAGCACCUGACGAGACAGCAGAACAGCGGGAGAGCUAGCCCCAUGAGUCCUGUUGGUGCGGGCGCAGGCAGCGUCUCCAGCAGUCCUUCCUCAGAAGCCUCCAGCAUGCAGAGACUAGAGGCCAGCCGAAACGAAGCCGAGGCCUCCCCGUCCAGCUCGGCCGACGCAGCCAGAAGUUUGGCAGCAGCCUCUCUCCCAGUCACGCAGCAGAUGACGGAAAUGAGCAUUUCCCGGGAGGACAAAGUCGCAUCGCCUAAAUCGGAGCCGACCGAGCCAGUUGUCACUCAGCCCACAGCCUCCGCCUCCCGCCCCAGUGACCCCGGCAGCGAGGACCCCAAGCCCCCCGAGGCCCCCAAAGCCAAGAAGAACAGGUGCUUCAUGUGCCGGAAGAAGGUCGGCCUCACAGGGUUUGACUGUCGCUGCGGCAACCUCUUCUGCGGGCUCCACCGGUACUCCGACAAGCACAACUGCCCGUACGACUACAAAGCCGAGGCCGCCGCCAAGAUCAGGAAAGAGAACCCCGUCGUCGUCGCCGACAAGAUCCAGAGAAUAUAAAGGACUCUCUCACGCGCGGGAGCUUUCACCUGAACACUGGCACGUGGCGUCAAUGGACUCCUUUUGUUUCGUUUUUUUUAAAUACAAUCUUGAAAGAAAAAAAAAGAAAACCUAUCCAGAGCUGUUGCAUGAAUGAUCACGUUUUUUCUUUUUCUUUCUUGUUUUUCUCCCCUUUCUCUCCGUGGUGUGUGUUUUAUUUAAACAAAAAAAAAGAAAAAAGAAAAAAAAAAGGGCAAAAAAUAGACAAAUAAUAGUGCUAGCGUACAGACCCGGGCAUCUUUUCAGGAAAAUCUCGAUUACCUCUCCCCCCCAAGAAAUUCCUCCUUCACUUUGAAACUUUGAAUUGGUUAUAUAUCUGUGCCAAAAAAAGAGAAAGAAAAUAAAUCUGGGCACGCUUUUGUUUAGUGGCAAGCAGCAAAGGACCGUUUCAGUCUGAAAGUCGUUUAUUUUCUAUCUACACUGAAGUUUAAGCAUCCAGAUAAAGGCUGGAAUUCUGAGAUGACACGGUGGCCUCCUGACCAAUUCUGAAGCAGAGGCCUGAGCUGGUUCCCGAUUGGUCAAAACAUGGAAAGCAGUGGGGGAGGAGUUGUCUUAUCAGAGCUGUGAUUGGGUGUUACGUUUCAAAAUAUCAUAGAAAUUGGUCAUUUGUGCAGGAUGCUAUUGACGUUCUUACAAGUGCUGAGUUCAUGGUAAUGUCCAGUUUUUUUGUGUGUUUGCCUGCUCGUUUCCCUGGUUACCCCCCGUGGACAGUUGCUGUCAGUUUUCCCCAAUGAUGCCUGUCUAUAAGGUAGCUGCAGUGAGCUGUGAACAGGGCAGGGGCGGGGGCAGGGGGGAACUGGUAGAGGUAAUAUGCCUCCACUUUUUUCUGUCAGGCAACUGGCUACCGGUCUGUAGAAUCUCAGUAUCUGAAUUUAGUGUAACAGUUUAGAUUUUUUUAAAUGUUAAUGUUGUGGGGACGGGGAUGGGUGCGGUACCGGCCAUGUUGCGUAAUGUGGGGUGUUUUUUUUUGUGAGUAACGUGGCGGAAUUCCUGUGCUGCGUCGUUGCUCGGUUACACCACCGUUCCCACAGGUGGCUGAUGGGAAACCGAGUCCGAAGUGUUGCAUCGACUUUAAAAAUAGUUUUUACAAUUUAAAAUACGACGCACAUAGGCUGAAAUUUAUCAGAGAGCUUUUCUAGGAGCAGCAUGGCCACCUCAGACAAAUUAAAUAGCAUGUGGACACACUAGGCAACCUUGGACAUGAUGCCAUUUAUUCAAGUGUUUAUUGAAAAAAAUCCUAAAUGGCAGACGAGAGUUUUAAAGUAGCAGAAUUUACAUAGCGAAAUGCAGCUCUGUGUGCUUAAGAGUUUUGAUGACUACUUCACACUGGUUACUAUAGAGUCUUUCUGUAUUUUUUUCUAUCUAAUAUGGCGGUCAUGGCUUUUUACCUGCGGGUACAUUAACUGGAUUUGACAGGUCGGCCCAUAGGCCCCCACAGCCCUGUUGGAUCUAACAAACAACUUCUAGUUCUUUGUGUAGGUGCUGGUGAAAUUAAUACAGAAAUGAAUGGAAAGCAGGCUUAUUAACCAGAGGGCCCUGUGCACCAGUGAAGCCUGGUCUUCUGGAUGAGGUCCGUUAGAUGAAUCGAGUGUAUUCUCCUUUCUCCUUUUGUGUUAUCGGUUGCUGGAUUGAGCCUGUGAGGAGAGAACCAUUUUUUCCCUGAGUUUUGUCCUGAAGCGCAUUAGUGCGGAAUGUGAAGCCUUGAACCUCGGGCCUGGUCGUCUCCGUUCCUCAACCGUGGACGCGCUCGAAAGGCGUUCGGUGACCGCUACGGUCGCCUGGUUUCCGGAACGCGCGCGCUCCCUCCCUGUCGGGGGUCGGCCGCUGAUGGGACUGCAGGCCAAUCGGGCGAUGGGCCUUCGGCAGGAUGAGGAUGGCUCUUUUGCUUCUUCCUUCCCAGCAUCCUCUGCUGCAGUCUUGUUUUUUUUUUUUUUUUUUUUUUUUUUUUUUUGAGAAAAGGAAGGAGAAAAUGAGCUUAAUUUGUGCCAUACAUGUGAUUUUAUUUUUUUUCCGUUUAUUCCAGAAUAUUUCUUGCCGGUUAAGGAUGUCUGUGGAUUGUGUGUGAUUUUGUUUUUUUGUCUUUUAAUAUGAUAACUUUAGGGGGGGAAAAGUUUGUUCCUUGUUGUCAUUUGUUGUUUUGUCAUUGGUCCCUCCUUGUCGUUGUGUGAUCUGCGAUUGGCUGAAUGAAGCCAGCUGUGAACCUGUCGCAGGUUGUCUGGGUCUGAGGCCUGAAACACCCAUUUUUGCCUGCCCUUCUCUCUCUCAUUUUUUCCUUAGUUUUUUUUUUUCUUGACUGUAGGAGUGUAGUUUUAAUGAGUGUAUUGCAUGGGUUGAGCAUCUACAACAAUGUAAAAUAUCUGAAGUGUAGAAAUUUGGCAAUAUACUUCACUAAUGCUUGGUCAAUAUUUUCCCCUCAAUUAUGGUUUUUUUUUUUUUUGUUUUCACACUUUUUUUUCCCUUUGGGUAAUGUCUGGAGGUUGUGCUGAUAUUUACGUAUUAUGUGAUCUGUGUAUGUGUACGGAAUGGGAGUGCAAGGUCCACUACUCAUAUGGACACAAACCUGUGUACAUGCAGGGGGGGUUCCCUCAAACCCCUUGUCCCUCCCCUCCAAUGCCAACCAAUCAGCUGGCUGCUGUCCAUCUGCCAAUCUGCUUUCUACUGUGUGGACCAGCUUUUGCCUGGUGGAAUGUGGGAUGCAAACAACUUGUUGUCUGGCAGCUUGUGAAUCUGGAACUCUGUUGGAACGUUGACUCUUUAUGACAUCAUAUCUACCAUGGAAACAGACGAACGGAUGAGUCAGCAUCUUACCAGCCCUUCCAUUGCGAGCACUCUGGUGGAGCACUCUGAACAUCAAGCCUGCCCUGUUGGACUAUUGGACUUAUUGCACACUUCGCUACUGGUUCUUGUGAUGCCCCCACCCCCGAACCAUCCCAUAUGAACAAUAUCCUUCCCUUAUUUGCUACUGGGUUGACCGUGUAGCUGUUUGAAUUCUUCCAUUCUCACUAACCUACACAGUUGUUUUUUGUUGCUUGUUUACAAGACCUAAGCAACACGUAGAACAGUUUUUUUUUGUUUGUUUGGGGUUUUCAGAAUUUUCUGUGAAUUCCUUGCCGUUAUGUGAAUAGAAUCUCCGUUCUUUAGCUUGGACAGAUAACAGGUGUUGGGGGGCCCUUGCUCUCACGUGUGUGUGUGUGUGUGUGUGUGUGUGUGUGCGUGCGAGCAUUUCUACCUAUAGAGUCUAAUCUAGCGGUGUGAAGAAAGUCUUGUAUAUAGAAUUUUCUUUGUCCUGGCUUGCUUGGCACUGUUUUUUUUCUCUCUUCUUCUGUAGGGGUGUGAGUUCCUGCUUUAUGAGAAUUGUAUGUAUCCAUUCAAGUUUUAAUUUUAACUUUUAGUUAUGCAAAUUUGUACAAACUGUGUUCAUAUUUAUGUAUUACAUAUAAUCUUGUUAUCAUGCAUUAAUGCAGAAUUGUAUCAUGUAAAUAAAAAAAUUAUGUACAGAGAGACAUUA